AAGAUCCGGUUUUCCCUUUUCUUCUUCUUUCUCUUAAAAGUACUGUUUCUCUUUUUUUUCCCUUUUUCAAAUCUAUAUCUACAUAUGUAUGAUCGAACUCCGUUUGGAUUGAUGUGAACAAUAACAAUUAGACGCAUAUAUUUAUUUAUUGAGGAGGUGAGAGUAGAAGAGAGAGAGAGAGAGAGAAGGGGAACUCAGGUUGUUUCAUGGGCAAUACAUGCCGUGGAUCAUUCGGAGGCAAACCUUUUCAGGGCUACAACGAGCCCGAAGAUAACUCCAGGCCGAAAUCAUCAUCAGCUCGUUCAAAUUCUUCAGACAGUUUGUCCCCCACCAGCUUGACCUCCCAACAACUUGUUGCUCAAGAAUUCUCUAAAGACAAAAAGGACCCUAAUCACAUCAGUCCCAAGAAAGAUAACAUCAUGAGCCGCGGCAUCACUAACCAAGCUUACCUUGUGUUGGGUCACAAGACUGCUAAUAUCCUUGACUUUUAUACCCUUGGCCAUAAACUAGGACAGGGUCAAUUCGGCACAACUUACUUGUGCACUGAGAUCUCGACUGGGAGUGAGUAUGCUUGUAAAUCUAUAUCCAAGAGGAAGUUGAUUUCCAAAGAGGACAUUGAGGAUGUGAGAAGGGAGAUUCAGAUAAUGCACCAUUUGGCCGGUCACAAGAAUAUAGUCACCAUCAAGGGGGCUUAUGAGGACUCUCAGUAUGUUCACAUUGUUAUGGAACUUUGUGCUGGUGGUGAAUUGUUCGACCGUAUCAUACAAAGAGGUCACUACAGUGAGCGUAAGGCAGCUGACCUCACUAAGAUCAUUGUUGGAGUUGUUGAGGCAUGCCAUUCUCUUGGUGUUAUGCAUAGAGAUCUUAAACCUGAGAAUUUCUUGUUGGUUAACAAGGACGAUGAUUUCUCUCUUAAAGCUAUUGAUUUUGGACUUUCCAUUUUCUUUAAGCCAGGUCAGAUAUUCACGGAUGUGGUCGGAAGCCCAUAUUACGUCGCACCUGAGGUUCUUCUGAAGCAUUACGGACCAGAAGCAGAUGUGUGGACAGCCGGUGUCAUUCUCUAUAUAUUGCUAAGUGGUGUGCCCCCCUUUUGGGCUGAAACUCAGCAAGGGAUAUUUGAUGCUGUUUUAAAAGGGCACAUUGAUUUUGAUUCUGACCCAUGGCCGCUGAUAUCAGAAAGUGCUAAAGAUCUUAUUCGGAAGAUGUUAUGCAUGCGACCUUCAGAGCGUUUGACUGCUCAUGGAGUACUAUGUCAUCCUUGGAUAUGCGAAAAUGGUGUUGCACCUGACAGAGUCUUGGAUACAGCUGUACUUUCUCGUCUUAAACAAUUUUCUGCAAUGAACAAGUUGAAGAAAAUGGCAUUACGGGUAAUUGCUGAAAGCUUGUCAGAGGAGGAGAUUGCCGGCCUAAAAGAAAUGUUCAAGGCCAUGGACACUGAUAAUAGUGGUGCAAUCACAUUUGAUGAACUCAAAGCUGGUUUGAGAAAAUAUGGAUCCACUUUAAAGGAUAUAGAAAUUCGCGAUCUUAUGGAUGCGGCUGAUGUAGACAACAGUGGGACCAUUGACUAUGGAGAGUUCAUAGCAGCAACCAUUCACUUGAAUAAACUUGAACGUGAGGAACAUCUUUGGGCAGCAUUCCAAUAUUUUGACAAGGAUGGAAGUGGUUAUAUUACAGUUGAUGAACUUCAACAAGCUUGUGCCGAACACGGCAUGACAGAUGCUUUCCUUGAAGAUAUUAUCAGAGAAGUUGAUCAAGAUAAUGAUGGGAGGAUUGAUUAUGGAGAAUUUGUUGCUAUGAUGACAAAAGGCAAUGCUGGCGUUGGAAGGCGAACAAUGCGUAACAGCUUGAAUAUAAGCAUGAGAGAUGCUCCAGGGUCUCUUUAGAUUUUCAAUUUCAACGUGACAGGUAUACCUGGGAUGCGACAUCAAGCUCUUAAAACUGUAUUGUAUGCAUGACAGAUGGAAGAGCAUGUUCUGCAAAUAGUGGUAUGCCUAAAAUGUUGAGAUCGACAUUUGUUUCCCCGUUGACUCUGUCAAAUUCAAAACAGAGGACAAUAAUUUACUUGUUGGAGUUGGUGUUGCUUUCUUUGUAACUAGAGUUGUGUGUAGUAAACUCCAUCAUGAUGACAAUGUGUUAUUUGAUACAUAUAAGUAUGUUGUAAUUUUUCUGUUUUGGAGAGUGAAUAGUUGCAGCUGUGAAUUGUGAU